GUUCAGGCAGAAAGUCAGACCAGUUGAAGUCGGAUUUUCCCAGGAAAAUUUUUCUUGGCAGGACAGAAGUACAGAACAGAGCUGACCCCGCUUUUUUCUCGUUUGGUUUUCUUGGAACUUACAUCUGAUGGUAUUUUGGACCACUCUAGAAAUUCGAAGUUCUUGCUAGAAAAUGGAGAAAAUAUGCGAAUUCUGCACAACAUUGAGGCCAGUUAUUUACUGCAAGGCCGACACAGCACAUCUGUGCCUCUCGUGCGACGCGAAAGUCCAUUCAGCAAACACGCUCUCCAGCAGACAUCUCCGCAGCGUCUUAUGCGAUUCGUGCAGGUUCCGGCCAGCCAAUCUCCAGUGUUUGGAUCACCAGAUGUUCAUGUGUCGUGCCUGCGAUCGCAGCCUUCAUGAUGUCUCAACUCGGCAUCAGAAGCGGGCAAUCAGAAGUUUCAUGGGAUGCCCUUCUUCCAAGGACUUUGCCGCUUUGUGGGGCUUAAAAUUAAGUGAUCUAGAAAGCCUUGUCACUCAGCAUGAUCAGUUUGUGUCCUCUUCUUGUGCUACCGGUGACUCCACUGUGGUGAAUUUGGAUACCACAGGACAUUCUAGCUCACAAAUUGGAGGCCAAGUUAAGUUGUUGCAAAAGAAUCAACAGCAGAGAAGCAGUUGCUUUAUUUUGCAACAAAUUAUAGACUUGAAAAAGCUUCAGCUCAAUGGAGGGAGUACUAAUCCUUCACCUUUAAUACAUUGCCAAGAAGAGCAGAACGAUGUGUCUUCUUCAAUGAGACAUUAUGCCAAGAAAAUCAAUGAAAAUCUUGAUAACCCUUUACAAAAUUCCCAUGAUCUCGGAACCGAUCUUCAGCAGAGAGACGACACUCCAAUUGACCAAGAGCUGAAAUGCGACGACGACCUUUUUCCAUUCCCAUUUUCGCCCGCACCCUCCUCAAGUGUUGGGCUUCCCUUGCAUGGAGAACCCUUGUGGCAGUGUAGAAGUCCAGUUCAAAGUAGUCAGUUAUGGUCUCAAAACAUGCAAGAUCUUGGUGUCUGCGAAGAACUCAUUUGUCAGGAUGAUUUCAACAUUCCCGAUGUGGAUUUGACGUUCCGAAACUUUGAAGAACUUUUCGGCGGUGACCAAGAUCCGAUGAGAUCCCUCCUUGACGAUAAUAAGGACAUGUCAUACUCCUCCAUGGAUAAAGAUUUGUCUCUAGAAAAAUUAGAUAAUACUCAGUCAAGAGCUAUGGAGGACGCUUCUAUGGCUUCCACGGUAUCCCACAUGGACAGAGACGUGAGCAGUUCUAAAGCUCAUGAUCAUGGCACUAAUCCGCCCGGGAUAAUUAGGAUGUCCUGUUCGAGUAUGUCGCUGUCCGUUUCAAAGUUUAGUGCCGAUAGUGGAGGUGGCGGCGCCGAUUCUCUGGACAGUGGAAUUUCGCGUUACAUUACCGGAGAAGCUUCGAUCGGUUCGCGUGAUUUGGAGGGUUUGCAUUUGGAUUCUGAAGCAAGAGAGAGUGCUAAGUUGAGGUACAAAGAGAAGAAGAAGACUAGACUGCAUGAGAAGCAAAUUCGGUACCCAUCUCGGAAAGCAAGAGCCGACGUGAGGAAGCGGGUGAAGGGUCGUUUUGUGAGGAGUACUGCGGGAUAUGACUCCGACAGUGUUGAUGUGGCAAGAAGCUACUAAUUAAAAAAAUUAAUUUGAUUACGUUUUUGGUGUUUUGUAGAUAUGCCAAUGUUAGUCCAAAGUAAAUGAUCAAUCAAU